AUGUCUGCUCCCGCCCACACCUUCAAGGUCGCCGAUAUCUCGCUGGCGGCCUUUGGCCGUCGCGAGAUCGAGCUCGCCGAGAACGAGAUGCCCGGUCUCAUGGCUACUCGCGAGAAGUACGCCGCUGACCAGCCAUUGAAGGGUGCCCGCAUCGCUGGUUGCCUGCACAUGACCAUCCAGACUGCCGUCCUGAUUGAGACCCUCAAGGCCCUCGGUGCCGAGCUCACCUGGACCAGCUGCAACAUCUUCUCCACCCAGGACCACGCCGCUGCUGCCAUCGCUGCUAGCGGCACCCCUGUCUUCGCGUGGAAGGGCGAGACCGAGGAGGAGUACAACUGGUGUCUCGAGCAGCAGCUCAACGCCUUCAAGGACGGCCAGAAGCUCAACCUGAUCCUCGAUGACGGUGGUGACCUUACCUCCCUCAUCCACACCAAGUACCCUGAGAUGCUCAAGGACUGCUAUGGUCUGUCCGAGGAGACCACCACCGGUGUCCACCACCUGUACCAGAUGCUCAAGAACAAGGGCGGUGCCAACGGCCUGCUCGUCCCCGCCAUCAACGUCAACGACUCCGUCACCAAGUCCAAGUUCGACAACCUGUACGGUUGCCGUGAGUCCCUCGUCGACGGCAUCAAGCGUGCCACCGAUGUCAUGAUUGCCGGCAAGGUCGCUGUUGUCGCCGGUUUCGGUGAUGUCGGCAAGGGCUGCGCCCAGGCUCUCCACUCGAUGGGUGCUCGUGUCAUCGUCACCGAGAUUGACCCCAUCAACGCUCUCCAGGCUGCCGUUCAGGGCUUCCAGGUCCUCACCAUGGAGGAGGCCGCUUCUGAGGGUCAGAUCUUCGUCACCACGACUGGCUGCCGUGACAUCCUCGUCGGAAAGCACUUCGAGGCCAUGAGGAACGACGCCAUCGUUUGCAACAUCGGUCACUUCGACAUUGAGAUUGACGUUGCCUGGUUGAAGAAGAACGCCAAGAGCGUCCAGAGCAUCAAGCCCCAGGUCGACCGCUUCCUGAUGCCCAACGGCCGUCACAUCAUCCUGCUCGCCGAGGGUCGUCUUGUCAACCUUGGCUGUGCCACCGGCCACUCUUCCUUCGUCAUGUCCUGCUCCUUCACCAACCAGGUCCUUGCCCAGAUUGCUCUGUUCAAGGCUGGCGACGAGGAGUUCAGCAAGAAGUACAUUGAGUUUGGCAACACCGGCAAGCUCGAUGUCGGCGUCUAUGUUCUGCCCAAGAUCCUCGACGAGCAGGUUGCUCUGCUCCACCUGGACCACGUCAACGCUAAGCUGUCCAAGUUGACCGAUGUCCAGGCCGAGUACCUUGGCCUGCCCAAGAACGGUCCUUUCAAGUCCGAGAUGUACCGCUACUAG